AUGCCAAACGGUUGCCAGAAAUGUUGGGAAGAAUUCAAAGGAUGGCUAAAGGCUUUUACGCCCGUAGAAACAUUUUUGACUAUACUAGAAGCUUUACUAUUAGUGGUACUUAUAGUGUUUAUGGUAUUUUUAAUUCUUCAUUUUCUUUCCUGUCGUGGGGAGCUUGAGAGUUCAACCUUGGACUCGGACACGGCCUCUAAUACCACGACGGUGGCUCCAAGGUAUUCGACAAGGAGGCCGACUGGGAUUCAUAAUGACACUACCGGGAGGAAAACUCGGCCAACGUGCACUUAUACUAAGGAGCAAAAAAGUACACUGGCUACGACGUCUGCGAACGAAACUACCGCCUCUUCGAGUCCAUACUCAACCGACGUACCAAUAACCUACGCGACGCCGACUCACCCCGACCAGAUCGUCUCUAUCGAGUCGGACGGCGAGCUGGCCGUCGAGGACGAGAGACGUCACGUGAUGGCAUUAGUGAAGAUCAAGCCGAGUGGUGUGACGUUCGGGUGCAUUCUGACGGUGGUGGCGGAGCGGUGGGUGCUCACCGCUGCGAGCUGCUUGGAUUCCAUUGAAGAGGUCGACUCUCUAGACAACUUCGUCAUAAUGGACAAUUACGACGCCCUAAACAAGGGUCGAUCUCACGCCGUGUCCGACGUGCGCGUACAUCCUCUCUACGAGGGCGGCAACAAGUCGUACGACCUGGCGCUGCUGCGGAGUGAGGACGGGUUGGACAGGCCCCCGGUCAAGAUAGCGUCGCUUUUGAUUUACUUCAAGCUGCCUAUGGGGGAGGCGGGGAAUAUAUUGGGCUUUGGGAGGUUUAGAACAAUAGACCACAGCGUACCACAGCAAGUCCACUCCGCUGUCGUCCACAUCCUCCCCUCCUCGCUCUGCAUGUCCCCCGAAACCCUGAGCCUGGAGCGCCACCUGAUCCCGCUCGAGCCUGUAGCCCACGGGCGCUGCGGGCUCGCUCCGCUCUGCCUGGGCGUGCUGCACGCGCGCGGCGCGCCGUGCAACUUCUGCGCGGGCGCGCCGCUGCUGCGCGCGGGCACGCUGCUCGCCGUCAUGGCGGACAACGAGCAGUGCGGCGCGGCGUGCGAGCCGGCGCUCUAUGCUAACGUGGCUGCGCACCAACAAUGGAUCCAUGCUAGUGCUAGCUAACUGGAUACGAUACCAAUACACAAUAUGAUUGUCUGUCUGCUAGCUAUAUUAUGAUCAUGUCUCUGUGUACCCCUCUGCGCGACCAUACUGCAAACAUGUGGAAUAGUCGGGCGAAGCCUGACGUCCGAAGCGCACCAGUGCCAGGCGCCUGUGACGCCCUCAUGUUUAUAAGUCGGGGCAAGCCCGAAGUUCGAGUCCCUUGGGGGUGAGAGAAAGCUAGACAGUUGCGAAAAACAGAGACAAAGUAGGGAAACAGUUUUUAAAACUAUUAGGUAUUGUUAACCCCAACACGAUACACAAGAUUUUUCCAUUUAGAUGUCCUUGUUACGUUAUAUAGUACCAUCGCCCACACUGUUAACUGUACAUGGACCUUAUGCCUUUUGUAAUAAGGUCGAUCCACCGCUGUACAGUUAAGAGUGUUGCUGUUUGU